UGCAUGUGUUAUACAACUGGUAACUAGCUGGCGGCUAUGGCGUCCUCUGUCUACCUUGCGUCGCUUCUGGCAUUAAUGUGCCUGAUUCUCCCUUCACGCGGAGAAGAAAUCACAGUAACCACACAGAGCGGAGACCUGAGGGGGAUGAGAGUCGCUGCGGAUAGCGGUACUACCCUCGACAUUUUCCUCGGGGUUCCCUUCGCGAAGCCCCCGACGGGAGACCGCCGGUUUCUGCCCCCCGAGCCGGUGGAACCCUGGACAGACGUGAGGAACGCGACAGCCUACGGCCCAGCCUGUCCUCAGUACGCGGAUUACGUGCUGUCCAUCGUACCUGAAGAAGCCAACAACACGUCUGAAGACUGUCUGUAUUUGGAUAUCUAUACUCCUCAGGCCAACAAUUCAGCUGCCCCCCUACCGGUAAUGAUCUGGAUCCACGGUGGUGCGUACCGGUUCGGUUCCGGUAAGGAGUACGAGGGCGUGUUCCUGGCCAGUAGAGGCGUGGUCCUGGUCUCCAUCAACUACCGGAUAGGGGCGCUAGGCUGGCUGAGCACCGGAGACGAACACGCACCCGGAAACAACGGUUUGCUGGACCAGAUCGAGGCUAUGAGAUGGGUCCGCACCAACAUCCGGGCAUUCGGAGGCGACCCUGACCUGGUGACCAUAUUUGGGCAGAGCGCGGGAGGGUCCAGCGUGUCACUCCACAUGUUCUUACCAAGGAGCGAAGGCCUGUUUCACCGUGUGAUCGCCAUGAGCGGCGUUGCGCUCAGCCCCUUCGCCGUUCUACUUCCGCCGUACCGAGUAGCAGACUACGCAGAGGACCUAGCUUCCAAACUGGGCUGUCCAACUCACAGUUCCAGCAGCAUGGUCGCAUGUUUGAGAGAGAAGCCAGCAGAACUCUUCUACACAACAUAUGUCCGGGGCCCGCCGAUGAUCUCUGUCUGGGCGCCACACCUGGACGGACCCGGAGGAGUGAUCCCCGAGGCACCGGCAAGACUGCUGCGGGAGGGCCGCUUCUACAGGGUACCGCUAAUGGCGGGGACAGUUCCCAGGGAGGACUUCUACGAUGCUCCAAACGGAAUCGGUCGUGAAGAAUUCAUGGCCAGGCUCCGGGCACAUUGUCAGCGUUACCAUGGUAACGCAGACGCCAUGUUUAACGCCCUGCUGCAGGAAUACACCGACUGGACCCGCCCGGAACAACGUGACGUCAUCUGGGAUCUCGACCUGGAGAGACAGGCUAACUACGGGUACCACUCCCCCACUGACGCGCUAGUCGCCGGACACUCCGCCACGGGAGCCGGGACGUACCUGUACUACUUCACACACCGGUCUGACAACGAUCCACACCCGGUCAGGUUCGGUGCCAUCCACACAGUGGACCUGCCGUUUCUGUUCGGUCCCCGCGGUAUAGAGCCCUACAGGCCCCCGGUCUACACCGAUGUGGACAACAUUGUCCGGGAUAACAUGCUCACACUGUGGACUAACUUCGCCAGGGACGGGAAUCCCACACCGUCUGCCGUUGCCGGAGUGACCUGGGAACAGUACCAGACGACAUCGCGUCCAUAUUUGGAAAUAAACUCCUCCCUCGUUCCCAAGAACUUCCUGUUCGCCAGGCGCAAUGCAUUCUGGAACGAAUAUGUCCCGACACUGCUGAACGCAUCGAAGUGCGAAGAACCACCAGCAAGUCGAGCAAGCAUCCUCCUUCUUUUUGGGGGAACAACGUUUUUCGAGGCUGCGUUGUGUCUUGUUGUAUUGUUUCUGUGUGACAUUUUAAGAUAGGCUGGAUUGGUAUCAGACUAGUAACAAAUAACCUGCCCUCUUGGCACUUAAAUGCCAUUUUUAUUGUAGUAUUUUCAAUACAGAAAAGCUCAGAUAGGAAAGCAGCUUUUGUUAGGUUCUUGCUGUGAACAAAACAUAAAAAUCAAGUUUUUCACCAAACGCUAACGGACCAUCAGCAAAGGUUCUUUACAGUUACAAAUGUCUUCUAACAACGCAGAUGAACUUUAAAGCUAAGAAUGUCAUAUUGGUAAGCCAUCAUCGCUAAACAUAAAGGAAUAAUCACAAUGUUUACAAACACAUGAAAGACAGCCUGCCUAAAAUUGCCGAGCUAACGCAGGUAUUGACAACUGCCCCCCUCCCCCUUCUGUGCAGUCGUGCGUCAUAGGUCUAGACGUCGUGAUCGGACACUCCAACAAUAUGGUCCUCCCUCCUACACAAAACGCUUGCAGACAAAACGCACACACACAAAGCACUCACUGACAAGGAGUAUUAUUGAGGCCACAGCAAGUAAUUUUUAUGGAUGACAUCAG